GAUUGGAUUAGCAAUGCCAUAGCAUGUGGUACCCCUUAAGUAAUGUGCUUGCAACAUCAAAGAGAAUGUAACUUGAAAAAUUUAAGCAAUCCCAAGCAUGGGUUAAAGCUCUGCAGAGAAGGGAUGUUGCAGAGCACACAUGCUGUACAGAAUCAGAUGGGCGUGAGCAUGGUCCCAGGAUGGGUGGAUGGGUAUAUAAAGGGAUGCUGCAGGUCUGCAGAGUGCAUUGUGUGCAGAAGAGCCGACGGAAGCACUAGUGUACCAUCCUUUUCAGCACCAGCUGCUACCACACCCACCACCAUCAGUGCUCAGCCAUGACUUCCAGAGAACUCUACACAUCUUCCUACAAGAAGAUUUUUGGAGAUUCCCCCAGGUCUUCUGGUCACCUGUAUAGCACUAGCAGUUCUAGAACCCAGGCCUACAGACCUAGAGAGUCCUACACCAGCCUGUCAUCCUACAGGAAGGUCAGUAGGUCACCUGCCAGCCACCUUAACUCAGCUCAAGACCACUUUGACUUGUCCCAGUCCACAGCCCUUAGCAAUGAGCUGAAGAUAGUGAGGACCAAUGAGAAAGAGCAGCUGCAGGGUCUCAAUGACCGUUUUGUCACCUACAUUGAGAAGGUCCACAACCUAGAGCAGCAGAACAAGUUGCUGGAGACUGAAGUGACCUUGCUGAGACAGAAGCAGUCAGAGCCAUCCAGACUCAGCCAGGUCUAUGAGCAGGAAAUCAGGGAUCUGAGGUCCAGGCUUGAAGAUCAACUGCAGGACAAAGACCAGGCACUGCUGGACUGCCAACAUCUGGAGGGAUGUGUCAGACAGCUGCAGGACAAGUUGGAGCAAGAAGCAGCCAAAAGGGAGGAGGCAGAGGAUGCUAUGAAGAACUUCAGGAAAGAUGUGGACCAGGCCACUCUGGACCGCUUGCAGCUGGAGAAGAAGGUGGAGUCGCUGAUGGAUGAGGUUGCAUUUUUGAGAAAAGUCCAUGAAGAGGAGGUGGCUGAGCUCCAGGCUUCAGUGACCCAGGCUCAGGUGGGUCCAAUGGGGAUGACUUAUGUGGGGCGGUGGCUUAUUGACAAUAGGAGGAGGGGAGGGGGAGAUGAGAUGCUGUCACUUUGUUCUUUGAUACAAAGGUUACAGGAUGCUCUUCGUGAGCUUAGCACAUAAAGUUAGUUUAACAUAUGCAUUUGAGGUAGUUAUACAACGGUACUCAUGUCAUGACUCAGCCUGGGUUGAUUAUAUCAGUGAUGUUAGAGCAUGCAAUUUAAACUCUGGGUUCCAUGUUUCUUUAGGACAAUUACAGUGAAGAGUGGAAGCUCAGAUUCGUGGAACCACAUUUCCCAUGACGCUCAGCCAGCCUACAGGCUUCCUGAGCAUAAUGCGGAAUUAAUUUUCCAAACACCUGGGGUGCCAAAUAUAACCAUCAUUGCAGUAGAACCUCUGCUUGAGCUGCAGUAAAGGUGUUAGAAGAAAUGCUGCUGAGCAUUGUGGGGGAGGGAGGGUAUCCCCCUCCUUCUUCUCCUCUAUUCGACCCCUAGGGAAAUGUCUGUAGAACAGAGUACAAAAUUAAAUCACACCCCCUCACAAUAUUAUGUAACUAAAGCAGCACUGCAGAUAAAGAUGUAAAAUUCAAAUCAUUCCAACCCAGGAAACCUGCAUUGACAGGACUGCAUUCAAAUAUCCGGGUUACUAUCACCUAUUACAUUCCAAGUUUAUUAUAAAGCACAGUAUUCAGCCUUUAUAUUGUAGGGGAAAGCAUCAUACUUUGCUAUGACGUUUGGCACUUGUGGAGACUGAAGAGAAACAUAUUCCAUAAAACUCACAAAUUCUGCCUCUUGUUUUUUGAGACAUUAGAUGUUUUUGUGUUUUUUUUUUUUUCUUUUUUGAUAAUUAUGCAACUAGGAGUUAAACUUGUCAUUGUAUCAGUAACAUUAGCCUCGAAACUCCCAUAAAAUAUAGACUGCAGGCUAUUUACUGCAGUCAUUUAAAUGGCUAACGAUAAUAUAUAAAUAUUAUUAUUAUUAUUAUUUAUAUAGCGCCAUCAGAUUCAGUAGCGCUGUACAAUGGGUGGACUAACAGACAUGUAAUUGUAACCAGACAACUGGACGUACAGGAACAGAGAGGUGGAGGGCCCUGCUCAAUGAGCUUACAUUCAUUCUGCGGUAAUCUGGCCAUUAGUCAGACUGCAUAUUCUACUUUUGGGGUGACAUGAUGAUCACAUUUAUAUGGGUAAUAAUCACAAUCAUAAAUAAGGAUUCUGAUGGUUCCUAGCUUUUGGUGGUUGGUAAAAAAAAAAAGCAAGUUGGUCUAAACUGUUUUAUUUUAAUGUGUAAUGUAUUAAGGUAGUAAAUAGCAAAACUCACAAAUACACAUAAUUAUUUCUAGAUCACGCUAAUUGACCCAAUACCAUAUAGAAUAUUAAGUUCUCAUGUACAUCCUGAAAAAUUCAAGAAAUGUACUACUGGAUACACUGUAUACUAUAAUUUAUAAUGUCUUUAUUCUGAUGGUAUGAUGAACAAGUGGCUUUAAAAGAUGCAUCAACAGCAGACAUUGUUCAAAUAGAGAGCUCUAAUGAACUGAGAACCAAUCUGCAAAAUGUCAGAUAGACAAGAGAUGGGGAAAAAAGUUUCAACUCACUAGACUUGGAGAUUUUUGUUCAAAUGUUUCUAUUUUAGCAUAAAAAAUAGUCGAUAUAUGUUAUUAAUUGGUUUAAUGUUUGUAAUACUGAUAUGUAGAUUGAUUUCUUUUAAUUUAAUAAGAAUGGGAACCUAAAGAGGGACAUUUGUUUUUAAAUAGCGGUUUUAGGUUUAUUCUUAAUUAAAGGGGAACUGUCAUGUCCCAGGAUUUUUAAUAUUAUGUGUGCUUUAUCACCUAUCUGUGCAAAAUAUGUGUUUGUGAGCUCUGAAAAAUAAAAAAUAAAUGUAGAAAUAUUUUCCUCCUAAAUGGCAGAGAAUUGAGCAGUGAGACUGCAUGGGUAUGAUCUAUACACCAAAACUGCUUCAUUAAGCUAAAGUUGCUUUGGUGCCUGUAUUAUACCCUUAAUGUGUCUUUUGAUGCUUAAAUUAGCUGUUGGAGAGGGAUGAGUAUCUUGGCCAGUGUCUUCUGUAGCCCCUUAGAAUUCUGUUACAAAAAAGCACCUGACAUGUAAAUCCAGCCCUGUUUGGUUCCCCUUUAAGAAUGAUAGCCGACAGAACUUAUGUAACUUUUAAAUGCACUUCUAAUGCAGCAGAGUAUGGGUUUAGAGAAUGACAAUAGUAAAAAUCAGUGUAAGGAUCUACCAUUCAAUUUUUUAUAUAUAUAUUCUUUUUUUUUUCUGAGAUCAUAUAAGAUCUUCAGUUCAGUGGUCUAUUACAUGUGGCAUCCUACGCUAUAUUGCAGAUGUCCAGCGAUAACAGUCGCAACAGAGAUGACUUUGCAACACAGUUGCAUUAAGAUAACGCCAUCUUGGCUCAAAGAUGCAAUUUCAUCCAGUAUCCUGCAACAUUGUUAAAAGUCGGUCAAGGUUGUUGCUAUAUGCUUUUUAGGAGAUAGACUCCUUCCUAAAGGACCAAUAAUUUACAUUUAUAUCAUUUUAACUGACAAUAUUUCAAAUCCAUUAAAGAUAUAAAUAUCUUGCAAUAUGGACAAUAAGUAAAUAAGUAUUGAUUCAAUUUGUUGUACACAGUGAUGCAAGACACUAACACUGAAGUGAGAAUUCAAAGUGAAUUUAAAAUUUUAGGCCAAAGUAGCCGAAUUGGACAAAUCAGCUAUACGACCAGUUUGGCUACUUUGGUCUAAAACUUGAAAUUCAUUUUGAAUUUUUACUUUAGUGAAUCAUCCUGUUCUACAUUUUACAAUGACUGCAUUAUUCAGUCUGCCUUUUAGUCCCUUGGUCCCAUGUGUCCAGCUGCUAAUGCAUUUAUCUUACGUACAGUAGUCUGGAUUAUGCAUCAGGGAUUUACAGUCUCUGAAUCUGAUUUUAAAACUUCCAUUCCAAUAAUAGUUUGCUUAAAAUUUGACAUCUUCGAGAACACUGGAAAAAGGGCUUUUGCUGUUUAAACUUUUCCUAAAAAUAAUACUAAUCUCUUUUAAUUCUAUACAAAUGUUUAUUUUUCCAUAUUAAAAGUUUUGUAUUUGCAUACAAAUAUAUGGCUCUGUAGAUUCCUUGUUUAACCAAUAAAAUACAUAGUUAUUUUCUCUCUUUAUAAUAAUAUUCAGUUUGCAGUAACAUAUACUAUUGUGAAAGACCAUCUGAUGAGAUGAGAUAAUGGCCUUAAUAAUGAUGGAUGUUAUAGUAUUUUAUUGCUGGCAUAUUAAUAGUCAGAAUAUAUCUGUCUACUGUAGAGGGCCAGGUGAAGACAGAGGAGCAUGCUGGAGGUCCCCACAUUAAGUACUCCUCCUUGGAAGCUAAACUAAAGAUAUACAUUUUGCAUGUACCCUACCUGUUAACUUGGGUGGAACCUUGGAGGACAUGGCCUGCACUGAGCAGACUGGGAUUCUAAUGGUUCCAGAUGAGGUUACUCUGAAGGAGCUCCUGCACUAUUUUAUUAUUAUUGCCAUUUAUAUAGCGCCAACAGAUUCUGUAGCGCUUUAGAAUAUUAUGAGAGGGGGGAAUGUAACUAUAAAAAGGACAAUUACAUGAAAACUUACAGGAACAAUAGGUUGAAGAGGACCCUGCUCAAACGGGCUUCCACUCUAUAGGAGGUGGGGUAUAAAACACAUUAGGAGAGGAAAUAUCAAUUAGGUGUUUACUCACGUAGGCCAUGUCUUCCAGUAAAGUCAUGACUGUUAUUAAAUGUCCUUUUCCAAAUUCUGAAGUGUAUACUGCUGAUAGCAUCACCCAGGGAUAUUAGAAGGAAGACUAUGAAUAUUACUACCCUGUUACAAUCCCAUGGCCUCCAGUAUAGCUCUGAUAGUAAUGUAGGAAGGGUGUGUCUUCUGAAUUCAGGAUGUCUUUCAGGCAGAACAACUCCAGAUUGUAUCUGUUGUAGUUCUUAAUGCCUUGGUUGGUACCCAGAAAUGGCACUAAUGUAAUUUUAAUGAACUCCCAGUAGUAAGAACUGACAUAUGGUUUCAUUAGGCUUUAGGUCACUUAAUGUAAUAGUUUAUUAUACAUAUAAGUAUAUAUACUACACUAAUAUAGUAUAUUUAAACAUUUAAGUAGAUUAAACGAAGUGCACACCUCUUUACUCUGCAACAGUUUGCCUCCAUCUUAGCUCCCUGUCAAUCAUUGCUAUAAGCUCUGUCCUUUGUUCCUUGCCAUCAGCAUUAAGAAACAUAUAGAGAAGAGGAGAAAUUAAACUAUAUUUCUCUUCAUUUGCAAUGUUUCCCAUGGCUUUGCCUUCUCUGAAUUGGAUUAUGAUGGAAUUUGCCAAACUUCUAGACAAGAGCAUCUCAUAAAAAUGGCUGACACAAGUUACUGCUAAUAUACUGAUAAUAUAAGUUACAUUUCCCCUUUAAUGUGCAAUACAGUCCUCGUUGACACUCAGAACUUGUUUUUACAAAUGUUAAAUUACAAUUAGAGAAUGUGCCACCAGGGUAAUGUAAUGCACAUCAUUUUGUUUGUAGUAGCUGACAACUUAAACAUUUGUUCCCUGCUAUAUAUAAAAUACUCUCAUUAAUAUUUUAUGAGAUCUAUUAACUAAACAUCUAGUUGUGCUUUGAGAACUAACUUUUUAACAUUUUGGGAUAUAGUAAACAGGCUAUAACCCAUAUUAUUCAAUAAUAUACAUAUAUGUAACAAAACAUAUAAAAUGUUGCACUCACAAUUAUCAAACACAACAGCAGACACACAAAACCCAAGGAUAAAACGAGUUCCCAGACUAAUGAAUUGACCAUAAUGCCACAAACUAUGAACUAUCCCUAACCAAUAUUGUGUCUUGCAGAUCUCCGUGGAGAUGGAUGUGGUCAGUAAACCAGAUCUUACAGCUGCUCUGAAGGAAAUCCGCAUGCAGUAUGAAGUCCUUUCCACCCGCAAUCAGCAGUCUGCAGAAGAGUGGUACCAAACCAAGAUUGCCAAUGUGUCCCAAGAGGCUGCACGGAAUAAUGAUAAUGUGCGUCAGGCCAAGGAGGAGAUAAAUGAGUACCGGAGACAGCUCCAAGCCCGGACUUUGGAGGUAGAUGCUCUGCGAAGUGCUAACGAGUCUCUGGAGAGACAGCUUCAGGAGUCUGAGGACAGGAAUAAUGAGGAAAUUUCUCAACUGCAGGUAAAGCAACAGUGUUCUAGUCAGGAUUCUUUUAAUCUCUGUGCUGUGUGAAUUUCUCUACAAAAUACACAUCGUAGUAUAUAUUUAAGAAGUGAUGUCUUACUUGUCAUGGGGUGCGUUUUGUCUUGUUAAAAUUCAGAAUUCAGUGAGAGAAAGGUUCUGCAAAUUUCCAGCAGAUUUAAAAAAAAAAAAUGUUUUACAAUUCACCUGUAAAAUACUAAUAUAAGCAGGUAUUGGUGUGUCUCCUAGCUUUAGAUUUGCUGCAGUGUCCAGAUGAUAGCUGACCCCAGAUCACCACUUGCCAUCUCUAAAUACAUUGCAGGAAGAAAUUGGAAGAUCCAGUUCUUUAGUAUAUUGUAUAUUUGUUUAGAUAGUUUUUAAAUUACUUUAUUUGGUAAUGAACAAUUAUUUAUAUAUCUAACUUACAAUGAUCAGCAACAAUAUUUAAACUACCUGCCUCAUAUCGUGUUGAUUUCCCUCAUGCUGCUAAAAUAACUCUGAUACGUCUAGGCACAGACACCACAAGACCUUUGAAUAUGUUGUGGUAUCCGACACCAAGACAUUACCAGCAGAUCCUUCAAGUCUCCAUUGAUCAGAUUUGUUAUUCCAGCACAUCCCACAGAUGCUCAAUAAGUUCAAGAUCUGGGGAGUUUAGAGGGCAAAGCAACACCUUGAACUCUUUGUCAUGUACUUCAAACCAUUCUUGAACAAGUUUUACAGUGGGCAGGGUGCAUUAUCCUGCUGAAAGUGGUCACUGCCAUUGAACAUUGCUCAGAGCAUAACACGGCCUUUGCGUGCCUUCUUCGCAUCCUGCUGUCAUAUCUUUCCCAGGUAAAUGAGGCACACAUACACAGCCGUCCACCUGAUCUAAAACCAGACCAGGCAAUCUACUUCCAUUCCUCCAUGGUCCAGUUCUAAUGCUACGUCCCCAUUAAAGAUGCUUUCAUUAGUGGAUAGGAUUCAUCGUGGGCACUCUGACCUUUCUGCGACAACACAGCCCCAUACGCAGCAAACUGUGAUGCACUAUGUGUUCUGACACCUUUCUAUCAUAGACAGCAUUAAGUUUGUCUGCAAUUUCAGCUACAGUAGCUCUUCAGUGUGAUCGGACUUGACAGGCUAGCCUUCUCUCCUUGGGUGCCCAUUAUCCUGUCACCGGUUCACCGGUUGUCCUUCAUUGCACCGCUUUUCUGGUAGGUACUAACCACUGCAUAUUAGAUGCACCCCACAAGACUUGUCAUUUUGGAAAUGCUCUGACACAGAUGUCUAGCCAUCACUAUUUGGCCUUUGUCAAAAUCACGCAGAUCUUUACACUUGUCCAUUUUUCCUGCUUCCUACACAUGAAAUUCAAGAACGAACUAUUCACUUGCUGUCAAAUAUAUCCCACCCCUUGACAGGUGCCAUUGUAUAAUCAAUGUUAUUCACUUCAGCUGUCAUUGGUUUUAAUGUUGUGGCUGAUCAUUGUAUAAUUUAAAUGUAUCAAUUGUAAUGAUAUCCGCUAUAUGCAAAAUACUCACCCACUAUAGAAAGAACCUAUCAAACUAUGUCUGAUUUCUAGAAGCUCGGAAUAUCUUUUUAAAUUGAGUGUAUCAUUCUUUUCCUCUCAAUAUGUUCAAUGGAUAAGCAAGGACAUUGUUGUUACAGUUGUGGGACUUCGUUCUAAAAUGACUUUGUUUCUACAGGAGACAAUAAACCAGCUUGAUAAUGCACUGCGGACCACAAAAGGAGAGAUGGCUCGUCAUUUAAGAGAAUACCAGGAUCUGCUUAACGUUAAGAUGGCUUUGGACAUUGAAAUAGCAGCGUACAGGUAAAGAAACACAAUUUACAUCCACCAGUUGGCCGAGUAGACAGCAGCAUGGUAUUGGACAAUGGAAAUAAAUUUUAAAAAACAUAUAUCAUUGUACACACUGCUCCUGGGCACUGGGUGUAAAUGAUAAAGGCAACUAUAAAACAGAUCAAAUAUUCAUAACUCCCUAUGUAAAAUUAAUACACAUCGCUAUAGAAGCCUUGGAUAAAAUCAACAUAUGUAGAUCUAGAAUCCUUUAAUAUAAGUAAUACACACAGCUAUAGAAUAUAUUAAUAUUAGUGAUAUAUGUGGCUCUAAUAUAUAUAUUAUAUUAUAUAUAAUUUAUGAAACUCUGCAAACAUCUCCAUCAUCACCAUUUAGGGACAGUGCAUAAUGUCUGUUAAAGUUUAUGUGCUGUGUAUGAUGCUGUUGAAUACAUCAGUACUUUAUAAAUAUAAUAUAUUUAAUAAUGCCACACACAGGGCUACAAUAGUUUAUAUGGUAUUUAAAAUGAAAACGAACAAAGAAGGGCAGAUCCUCACAAUCACAGUAAACAUGUGAGAGUGUAGGAUCUGUCCUUAAAGAUGCCUAUCACAGAGCUACUGAGUAGGGGGUAACCCAAAAUGUAAUGAUAUAGAUAGAGGAGACCCUUGAAACAAGGGGAUCCCAGUAGUAGCUCUUAGUACACAGAAAGAAUAACCAGAAAAUAUGGGGACAGACACAAAUGGGUAGAACAGCAUUAGAGGUAGAAGGGGAUAUAUAUACAAAACACCCUAUCUAUACCUAUAGUGGAACAAACUAUACUCCCUGAAACUUGCUAACUGCAGGGAAAAACAUCCCCCCACACAGACAAGUAGCACUGUUACAACAGAGAAAACACGUCCCAGUGUAGAUUGUAGGUGUAUAUGUAAGAGAAAAAGCCCUUCCUAUACCUAAAGUAGCUCAGAUUAACCAAACCACAACUAGCUACCCAAAAAGAGAAGAAAAACGUCACCCAUACUGGCAUCAAAUGGAUGUAUAAAUAGAAGUCCUGCCUAACAGGGUAGUAGAAUCAUUUAGGGUGAAUAGUCCUAACCCCCCAAGAUGUGUACAAAACGCUGUUCUACCCAUUUGUGUCUGUCCCCAUAUUUUCUGAUAUUAUCUGGUUAUUCUUUCUUUCUAUGUGCUCAGAGCUACUACUGGGAUCCCCUUGUUUCAAGGGUCUCCUAUAUCUAUAUUAUAUGGUAUUUACAAUAAUGGUUUGCUGAUGUUUUUGUACAAACCCUUUUUUUCAUUUAUAAACAUUUUUUUUUACAGCUACAUUUAGCAUAGUUUAACACUUUUAUGUCGUUACAGGAAACUGCUAGAAGGGGAGGAGACACGUUUGACGACCGUUGGCGGAGGCAGCAUGUUUAGCUAUGGCUACCCAUACUCCUCAGGGGGCAAGUACACAAGUACAGUGACCAUGAGGAAGGAGGAGAAAAAAGAAGUCUCAGAUGGAGGAAAAGGAAGUGUCAAAACGCCAAAGUCAGAAGAGUCUGCUCAAAAGACCCCAUCUAAAAAUUGAUCUAGCAAAUGUAUAUUCCCCACCUGUUACAAGAAAGGGACAAUUUACACGAAACGUUCGCCCCCUCCCCCAACCUUCAUGCUAGUGAACUGGCUUUAUUGUAGAGAGAUUAGAAAAGAUAAGGAUGUGAAUGUUUUAUUUCUAUUAAUUGCAUAUGGCACUAUUGAAGAAACGCCUGAACAUACAUGGCUUGCGUGGUAUUUCUCUGUAGAUGCCUCGGUGUGCUUAAGCACCUGAGGCAUCAUAGGAUGGCAAAAAUCAAGGGGUAAAAAUGGAAUUGCAGUGUAGGAAAGUGUGGUUUUACUCCACUGCAUUACUCACCUCAUUAAAUGCUUCAUAGUGUUUACUGGGGCGAGGGAAUGAGAUACUGUCACUGCCAGAGAAGUUACAGUUCUGCAUUAAUUAUUGGAAAUAAUACAUCCACUUUGUAUUCCACAUUGAUGUCUAAACAAUGUUUACAGUGCUAAUGUAUGGCAAAAAUAAAAGUUCUUCCCAUGUGGGAGCAGAACUGAAAGGAAAUGUUGAGAUCCAGCGAAAUAUGUGACAUCAUACACUGAUAAAUGUUCUAAUCAGCAUUCCACUAGGGUAACUAUCCAGUCCAUGUAUUUAUACCAUCACCGGCAUUGCAGGGAUAACAUUGAAAUUGCCACUAACCCUGCAGUGUAGCCCUGUACUAUGUGUUUUAUUCUAGCAGAGAAUUACUGUAAGAUAUUGUUUAAGAUCUAUCUGUGAAGAUAUAUUGUAGCUAUGGAGCUCCAAGGCCAUAGACAGCAGAUCAACUCUGGAGCAUCUCGGACUCCUGAGGAAACUCAAUACAUGUCUUUAAAAACACAGUCUUCCACCAUCAUCACUAGUCACUACAUUAUCUUUCCACCUUCUUCUACUGUUUGUCCCUAUGCUGUUGUUUUUUUUUCCUCUCUUUUUAUUUUUUCAAACCCUUGAGAACAUAGUAGCAGUGUGUGCCAUGUUUAUGUCCUAUACUUAUCCAAAGGUAGAUAAAUGUGUGAGCCAGAUUUAUUUUUACAGCUAUAGGUAACUGGAGUGUCACCGGAAAUAGAAUAUCAGCUUGCUAUUCUCCUAUCAUGCACAUAUAGAAUGUGCCCAAUCAGUCUAUGGUGAGUGCUUCUUACAGUCUAAUAUGAGAUUGGGAGAUUGAUUAGGCAAUGAGAAAUUAGAGCAUUUGUAACAGAACCCUAGCUGUAUCUACGGAGAUGCCAAAUGUUCAGAAAACCUAUAAUCUCGACAUUCACAUGGUCCUCAUAGCUCUAUACUAGUUCUACACCUUUUGUAUAUUGAGUUUACUCUCUGAUUAGUGCUUCCUUCAUACAUGAUAAAAUCAAUGUAUAUAUUUGUCAUUCUAUAUACAUAGCCUGUUCAAAGCUUUCUUAUGCUACAACAAAUAUUUCAAUGAUAUCGUUUCAAACAUGUAUGUAAUACAGAGCAUUAACGGGUAUUGUUGGUAUUGAUGAAAACACAUAAAAGGAGUAGGACUGUUAACAUGAUAAGACAUGUAACAUGCCUAUAAUAGUACUUUCAUCAGGUACCUAUUUAUAAUAUAAACAAAAAUAAUUGUGACUUUAUGAUCGAACUUGACCUUUCCAUCAUCGGACCACCUCUGCUUGUCUUUUGUGGUCAUCUAAUAAGCAUUGAAUCUGGUGGCCUAUAUUCUGCAUGUGGGAAAAUGAUGCCCUCCGGCAGAUUGAUUGAAAUAUGUAUAGGUUUGGUUAUACUAAUGAUAUAUUUAUUAUUAGCUAAUUAUUUCCAUUGUAUUUAUAACCAUUCUUUUCAUAUUUUACUAUAAGUUAGUGAAGAAGACAUUGUCAAUGUUGAAAUAUAUCAGGAGGGGAACUUAAAAUUCACAUUAAUUUAUGUUUGGAAAAGAUAAAAGGCUGAAUAUGAGGCACUGUACAUCAAAGGUAUAAGUCCUGGAGAGUAAAUAGGUAAAGGACAGUUUUGUCAACUAUUAGGUGCUAUGCUUCUAUCCCUGCUUUCAAUGUGUGGCCUUUGCUGCCCCAGCUAAAACCAUCUAAUAAAACAACUGCUCUGCACUAGAGAGUUUUGUUUUUUAUUCUCUUUUGUUUUGCUGUUUCUCAGGGAAUCUUUUGUUUUGUAAGAAAUAAAAACAAGAAUACUCCCAAGAAUACAACGGGGGCUCGGUAAAAAAAUGACCAGCUUUAAGAAAGAUGGUUUAUAAGUUUUACUUUCCCCUUUUCUUCAUAUUCAUCACGUUUCUCAUGGUAGCCAUAGAAAAAGGUGGUGGCUACAAUAAAAUGAAGAAAGAGACAGAAACAGACAUAAUGUAUCAUGUAAUGUAAAUUUGGACAGGACUGUUUGGGGACAAGUUACGGAUGUAACUCUAGGUUUCCGAGUAUAGGUAAUAAUAAAGAAGAACAGUUUCAAUAGCAUGUGAGCGCAGGUUAUGUGUUAAGGUCAAUGAGUGUAGAGCAGAUAUGGAACCACCGAAAAACAGUGUGUGUAUUGCAUGGUCUUGUAUGUAAGCUGAGUGUAUAAAGAAGUCACAUUAAUAAAAUACUACCAGCAGUAGCAAUAAAAACAGUCUUUUCUUUUGUGGAAAAUUAAUCAUAAAUAGCUUAGCCUUCAUAGAG